AAACGAGCCAGGCGUUAGUGCUCGGUCGACCAGCAGGCGUGUCGACAGGGCCCAGGGGCUCCACGCGCUCACACAAAAUGGCGCGGCCAUUCAUGUACACAUACUUUCUAACGUUUAUGGCUCUCGCAUUGGCACAGGAUUACUUCCAAACACCAAGUAUUGGAUCACAGAAACUAGCCACAUGUUACAAUAAUGAAGGACAACCACAAAAAUGUGUACCAGAGUUUCAAAAUGCAGCCUACAACCAGCCAAUGGAGGCGACAAAUACAUGUGGAGACAACGGCGUUACGAAGUAUUGUAUUCAGACCUCCGCUGGUACUUCUACCAGAUCAUGUGACUAUUGCCAACCAGGGCAGUUCUCAAGCUACUACUUGACAGACCUGCACUAUGAGCAGGACAACCAGACCUGGUGGCAGUCGGAGACAAUGAAGGAGUUUAUGCAGUAUCCCAUCACUCAAGUUAAUUUGACUUUGCAUUUAGGAAAGGCCUAUGAUAUAACGUAUGUGCGUAUAGUUUUCUACUCACCCCGGCCGCAGAGUUUCGCCAUCUAUAAAAAAGCCAGUGCGGAUUCUGAUUGGGAACCUUAUCAGUAUUUCAGUGCCUCGUGUCGAGAUACAUAUGGAGUGUCAGAUCAACGCGCUGCAGAAAUUGGCGCGGAAACAAAACCCCUCUGUACCAGCGAAUACUCAGACAUCUCACCCUUGACAGGAGGCAAUGUACUUUUCUCAACUUUAGAAGGAAGACCAUCUGCAUAUAAUUUCGACAGUAGCCUUGAGCUUCAGGAAUGGGUCACAGCCACAGAUUUGAGAAUAUCGCUUGAUCGAUUUAAUACGUUUGGUGACGAGAUCUUCCUUGACACGCAAGUGUUGCAGUCGUACUGGUACGCAAUAGCUGACGUCGCAGUCGGAGCGCGGUGUAAAUGCAAUGGCCACGCGGCCAAGUGUGACACCAAGUGCAGAUGUGAGCAUAACACGGAUGGUCCUGAAUGUGAAAGAUGUCUAGACUAUUAUAACGAUGCACCAUGGGGUCCAGCCUCACGUACAAAUGUUCACGAAUGCAAAGCUUGCAAUUGCAACGGAUUUUCCCAAAAAUGUUACUUCGACAAGGAUUUGUACGAGAGAACUGGCCACGGCGGUCAUUGUAUUGAUUGCACACACAACAGGGACGGUGCUAACUGCGAGCGUUGCAAAGAGAACUACUUCCAAGGGACCCAGGGUAACUGCUCGGCGUGUAACUGCAAUCCUACUGGAUCAAGAAGCUUGCAAUGUAAUGCUGAAGGCAAAUGUCAAUGCAAACCUGGAGUGACAGGCAAUAAGUGUGAUAGGUGUGCGCCAAAUCACUAUGAAUUCACGAACCAGGGGUGCAAGCCGUGCGGUUGCAACGAUUCUGGGUCCUUCGCGAAUAUUCCACAGUGCGAUCCUGAGACUGGUGUAUGUUUAUGUAAACAGAAUGUUGAAGGCAGACAAUGUAGAGAAUGCAAACCUGGUUUCUUCAAUCUUGAUAUUGGGAAUGAGUUCGGUUGCACGCCAUGUUUCUGUUUCGGCCACUCGUCACAGUGCAGCCCAGCACCUAAGUAUCAAGCGCACCAACUCACUGCACAUUUCAUCCGAGAUGCUGAAAAGUGGACCGCCGAAUAUUAUAAUCACACUUCCGCUCCGCUAAAGUUUAAUGCCAACAUGCAAAAUAUAGCUGUAUCGGCGAAGGAUUCUGAAAAAAUCUAUUUCGUGGCUUCCAAGCAGUUUCUAGGAGACCAAAGGCCUUCUUACAAUCACGACCUUAAAUUUUCUUUACGCUUGGGCGAGAACAGAGGCUAUCCUGAAUCUCAAGAUAUCAUUCUUGAAGGCGCCCGCGCUUCUGUCUCGUUACAUAUUUAUGGUCAAAACAAUCCAGAGCCUAAUGAUCAGGAACAAGAAUAUACCUUUAGAUUACAUGAGGAUCCCCGAUACGGAUGGACACCGACCUUAUCCAACUUUGAGUUUAUGUCAAUGCUUCAAAAUUUAACUGCAAUUAGAAUAAGGGGUACAUAUAACAAAUUUGGUCAGGGUUAUUUGACGGGCUUCAAGCUGGACACUGCGGAGAUUGGUCGGGAAAAGGGUUCGGCUCCCGCUAAUUGGGUGGAGAAAUGUUCAUGUCCGAAGGCUUACGUUGGUGAUUAUUGUGAGGAGUGUGCGCCUGGCUUCAAACACGAGCCAGCGAACGGUGGCCCUUACUCGACUUGCAUACCUUGUGACUGUAAUGGACAUGCUCAUAUUUGUGAUACAGCGACAGGUUUUUGUAUCUGUAAACAUAACACUACUGGAAGUAACUGUGAGCUCUGCGCAAAGGGUUUCUAUGGCAAUGCCAUUGCUGGAACUCCGGACGACUGUAAACCAUGCCCUUGUCCCAAAGACAGCGGAUGCAUUCAGUUGAGAGAUCAAAGCAUCGUUUGUACCGACUGCCCGGCCGGAUACGCAGGGCCAAGGUGUGAAGUGUGUGCAGACGGGCAUUUCGGUGAUCCCACUGGUCAGUUUGGUCCACCAAAAGAGUGUGAGGAGUGUCAAUGUAACGGAAACGUGGACCCCAACGCUGUUGGAAACUGCAAUAGGACUACUGGAGAGUGCUUGAAGUGUAUUUAUAACACUGCUGGUGAUCAUUGUGAUAAGUGCUUAAGUGGUUUCUUUGGUGACGCGCUUUUACAAAACAAUAAAGGAGACUGCAAACGGUGUGAAUGUCACGAAGCGGGUACAUUGGAGAGUCCAGAGGGAACAUCCCAGUGUGACGGUCUCACAGGUUAUUGUUCAUGUAGGCCCCAUGUCAUUGGCAAGAACUGUGACAAGUGUGAGGAUGGUUACUACGACAUCCGUUCGGGCAAAGGUUGCAAAACCUGUGAUUGCAAUCUUGAGGGAUCAUACAACGCCACUUGCGACCCUGUUAGUGGCCAAUGUUACUGUAAGCCUGGUAUCGAUGGUAUCCACUGCGACCGUUGCCAGCUGAACCAUUACGGCUUCUCGGUAGAGGGCUGUAAGGACUGUGACUGUGAUGUGUGGGGCUCAUUUAAUUCCCAAUGCGGUAUGGAUGGUCAGUGUACCUGUCUUGAAAAUGUCGAAGGCAGACGGUGUGACAGGUGUAUGGAGAAUAAGAAACGCAGAGCUGACAGACAAGGUUGUGAAGAGUGCCCACCAUGUUAUAGUCUCGUGCAAGACGCGGUAAAUCAGCACAGGAAAGAGCUGAAGGAAUUAGAUGAUAUACUCUCGAAAAUAUCUAAAGCACCGACUGUGGUUGAAAAUGCUGAUUUCGAGAACGAAUUGCAACGUGUGAAAGCUGAAAUAGAAAGACUAGCGGAAGAAGCGCAGGCGGAGCUUGGUAGCGGGCCCGGUACCAAUAUCACCAAUAACUUAGCAGAUCUUGCCGACAGACUGGCCGAUGUCAGGAAUAUGUUAUUCAAAAUUGAAGACGAAAGCUAUGAAGGUAAUGAAUCAGUUGAAAGAAGCAAAGGCAAUGUUUCCAAAGCAGAAGAUACAAUAGAAGCCGCACAAAAGGAAAUUAACAGUGCACUGGAAUAUCUGGAUGGUGAAGGAGCAGCUGCAUUAGCUAAAGCUCGCAAUAGAUCUGAGCAAUUUGGUAAACAGUCUGUAGACAUGUCUGCAUUGGCUAAAGAAUCUCGUUUACUGGCAGAAAAGUUAGAAAACGAUGCAAAAAAUAUCAAAGAUAUCGCUGAAAAGGCAUUAAACACUUCUCUUACUGCAAACACAAUAGCUAAAGAUGGAAUUACGAAACAAGCCAACAUAAGUAAUGAAGUUCAAAUAUUAGCAAACGAGUUAAAUGCAGCUGCAGGAAAGUUGAGUAGUCUGGCAGAAUUAGCUGAUCAGGUCUUGAAGCGGGCUAAAACUGUGUAUGAUGAAGCUUUAGGACUUUAUGCUGAGGUCAACACUACCUUGCUGCCAGACAUAAAGCUGAAUGAAUUACAUAAUUCUGCCAUAGAAAUGAAUAGAACUAUUGACGAAAAAUCGGCAGAAUUAGAUCAACUUAGGAGCGACACUGAAGAAAUACUUCAAUCUUUAGAAGAUGAAAUUGGCCGUGGAAAAGAUCUUCUGAAACAAGGUCACGAACGACAAGAUAAACUCUAUGACUUACUCGGUCAGCUCGAUGAAUUACGAGCUCAAGCUCAAAAAGACGUAGAACUCACUAAUACUACAUUAAAAGAAGCAGGUGAUAUUUACAAAACGCUUAAGGGAUUCAGUGAUAAAGUGACGAAGUCCCGUAAGCUAGCUGAAAAAGCGGCAUUAGAUGUACCUGGAGUACAAGAGAAAGUAGCAGCUGCUGACGCAAGCAUCACGAGCAUUACGGAUGAAUUGACAGCUGCUAGUGAUAAAGCUAAGGAAGCUAGGGACUUAGCUCAACAAGCCCAACAGGAUUAUGCCAAUAAAGCCUCUGAGGCUGCUCAUGAAAUUCGAAAAGAAGCGUCGAGGUCUAGAGCUGAGGCUCGUAGACUCCGAGACGAGGCUGAAAAACUAUCAACUCGCGUGCAAGGAACUGCAAAACAAAUCAAAGAAUUAGAGAAGCAGGCAGAUGAUAAUAUGCAACUAACUCGUGACGCUAAAAUGAAGGUGGGUCAAGCAAAUACAGAUGCUCGAGAAGCCGAAAAACAAGUUUCUAAAGGUUUGGAAGAUUUAAAAGUCAUCAUGGACGAGCUACAGAACUUACCGACUUUAGAUGAUGCGGCGCUUGAUCGAUUAGAGGAAAGUUUAAAAACGGCUGAAAGUUCAUUGCGGGCAGUGAACCUAGAUGGCAAGAUUAAAUCCUUAACAGAAGCUAAGAACAACCACCAACGAUGGAUUAAGCAGUAUCAAGACGAGCACAACCAACUUCGUAGUGAAGUGGACAACAUCAAAGACAUCUAUCAGCAAUUACCCGGUGGUUGUUUUAAGAAGAUCGUUCUUGAACCAACCGAAGGACCAAGUAGACCUGCUAGCUUUAGAUAAAAUCAAUGAUAGAAGAUUUCAUCA